AUGUGUGCGGCUCACCGAAGUGGAGUACUAGAGGUCCCUUCCCCCGCCUUACGUUGUUGCCCACCCCCCCCCCAACAGGUGGACAAGGGCGUGGUACCUCUGGCAGGAACAAAUGGCGAGACUACCACCCAAGGGCUGGAUGGGCUGUCUGAGCGCUGUGCCCAAUACAAGAAGGAUGGAGCUGACUUCGCUAAGUGGCGCUGUGUGCUAAAGAUUGGGGAACACACCCCCUCAGCCCUUGCCAUCAUGGAAAAUGCCAAUGUUCUGGCCCGUUACGCCAGCAUCUGCCAGCAGCAUGGCAUCGUGCCCAUUGUGGAGCCUGAGAUUCUCCCUGAUGGGGACCACGACUUGAAGCGCUGUCAGUAUGUAACCGAGAAGGUGCUGGCUGCCGUCUACAAGGCUCUGAGUGACCACCACAUCUACCUGGAAGGCACUUUGCUGAAGCCCAACAUGGUAACCCCAGGCCACGCCUGCACCCAGAAAUAUUCUCAUGAGGAGAUCGCCAUGGCAACUGUCACAGCCCUGCGCCGCACAGUGCCCCCCGCUGUCACUGGGAUCACCUUCCUAUCUGGAGGCCAGAGUGAGGAGGAGGCAUCCAUCAACCUCAACGCCAUCAACAAGUGCCCCCUGCUGAAGCCGUGGGCCCUGACCUUCUCUUAUGGCCGAGCCCUGCAGGCUUCUGCCCUGAAGGCCUGGGGUGGAAAGAAGGAGAACCUGAAGGUUGCCCAGGAGGAGUAUGUCAAGCGAGCCCUGGCCAACAGCCUCGCCUGCCAAGGAAAGUACACCCCAAGUGGUCAGGCCGGGGCUGCAGCCAGCGAGUCCCUCUUCAUCUCUAACCACGCCUACUAAGCGGAGCUGUUCUAAGGCUGCCCCCUCAACACUCCAACCCCUGCCCCCUCCCACACUCACUCUUGAAGAGGGGGCCUCACCGGGGCUCCAGGCUGCUCUUUCCCAUCACUUUGCCUCGCGCGUGACAUUGGUGUGUGGUGUUGUCUGUAUAUGCUAAUUCCAUCGCUCUUUCCAGUCCACUGCCAAUAAACAACUAUUUAAGGGGGA